AUGUCUGAUGAAUAUUUAAAGAAUGGAGCUCCUGAAGCUAAUAAGGACAUUUCAAUGGUGGAUGUCUCCAAAGCACAGCAAGAAGGCAUGAAAGCCCUUGAUCUGGAAAACCAACUGCCAAAAGCUCCCGAUUCAGAACCUCAACCAGUUAGAAGAAAAUCAACAUUGAUAUUAACUGACGACUUGGAAUUUGAUAGAAUGAAGAUCGAUGAAGGAAGCCACACAGAGAGUUCCGUGGCAAAUUCUUCAGCACCAUCAACUGAGCUGAUGCAUGUUGAUCAACAAAACUCUGCUCUUCAGCAACAAACUACAAACAGAGAAACAGAACCACAACCAGCCGAUUCUGUGGCUCAGCAGCAACAACAACAACAACAACAACAACAACAACAACAACAACAGCCGGAUCCAAGUUUAACAUUACCUGUUGAUAUAAAGUGGGUGCAAGGAGGUGAGAAGGUAUACGUAACUGGUUCGUUCACCGGUUGGAGAAAGAUGAUUGGACUAAUCAAACAAGCAGAUGGAAACUUCAUGAUCACAUUAGGGUUACCUGUUGGAACCCAUAGAUUCCGGUUUGUUGUUGAUAACGAAUUGCGGUUUUCUGACUACUUACCAAGUGCUACUGAUCAAAUGGGUAAUUUUGUCAACUACAUUGAAGUAACACCAGAUCAUAUACAGCAGCAUCUCGCUCAAGUGGAGCAACAAAGAUUAGCUCAAGAACAAAUGGCGCAACAAGAAAAGCAACAGAGUCGUCCAGCUACAGCACGUAGGCUUUCUGUUGGGGGUAGAACAGACUCGAUGUGGGGUUUAACUAACGAUGAUGACGAUAUGGGAGGAGGUUACUCAAGGUACCAUGAUGAAGAUGGCGACUUGGGUGACUCCAAACCAGCACAAUACAUCUCAGAUAUACCACCUAUUUUCACUGAUCCUAAGGUUAUGGAACAGUAUUAUCAAGCCAUAGAUAAACAAUCCCGGAAUAAUAGCGGACAACAACAAGCAUGGCUUCACCCCCCACAAUUACCCCCUCAUUUAGAGAAUGUUGUGUUGAAUAAUUUCAAUUCGCAAGAUAGAGACAACAAUGCUGGGGCAUUGCCUAUUCCAAACCAUGUGGUUUUGAAUCAUUUGGCAACUACUAGCAUCAAACAUAACACAUUGGCUGUGGCCUCAGUGGUAAGAUACAAGAGAAAGUACGUUACGCAAAUAUUAUACGCGCCACUACAAUAA